UAUGUCCUUUCCCGUCAUGCACUAAUAAGUAUCACGUGAUCACACACAGACAUGGCGGAGCGGUCAUUUCAAGUUUGGGAAUAACGGCGACUUUUGCACUCAUCCAUUUUGCGUUACUUCUUGACGAUUUAUGACCAUAAUUGCAACAUCCACGCUUGCUUCAGUGACCGAGAAGACAUUCUGUGUACUGUGAAGAACACUAAUGGACACAGGAAAGUGGUACGUGACCCAUAAACUCUUGCAUGCUUGUCAAAAUAAUCUGGUUCGCGAAGAAGCUGACUUGGCGAGAUGAGACCCCAACUUGUAAACAUAAGGCAAUUGGUGAUGUUCUUUGCCACUUGAAGACCAGUGCAAGAGGAGCUAGAGUUUCCGGGCAGAACUGCAGAAGCUCAUUGGUUCAAAAUAGCCAUGAGUGCUGGGAAGUCUAGAGCAUCAAACUCAGAUUUGAAUUACACAGUACUGCUAUAAAGGUCCGAAUAUCAAAAGGAGUUAACUUAAACCAUGGCAAGUGCCGAUAUAUCAAGCGAGGACGAUGAUUAUGGAUCUCGUCGGCGCUCUAGGCGAGGACGUCGACUACCAGACCCCCCAUCGCCUCGUAGCAGUCGGCGUGGUAUCCUUAGGACGGCUGCAUCAGACAAUGUUGUUGUGGACAGAGUGGAUAGAAUAGCAACAUCAUUAGAGGACACCAACCGCAACCUGAGACGGAUGGACAGGGUGCUCGGGGAGUAUUCAGAGGUCUCAGAAGAGCAAGGAACAGAAAUAGACAGGCUACGAGGCAGACUUGCUCGCUCGGCCAUGAGACUGCAGGAAGAGAGAGUGAGGAGAACUGGCCCUGCUCGAGGCUCCACCAUGAGACCCAGCGAGCUCGACAUGGCAAGUUCAGGAGAAACAAGGAGAUACAGACCAACUUCACCUUUGAGAAAUUAUGAGUCCAAUGUGCCAAGAAGAAGAACUGGGUCAACUGUCAGGUUUCUUGAUGGAGGGGAUGAUGAUAUCCAUGAGGUCCACCAGACAGUCCGGGACCUGACAUCUGAUCAGCUCCGAAUGGGGGAAGACUUGGAAAGGGAGAUAGACAGGAGAACAAGAAUGGAGCAGGAGACACAAAGAAACUUAAGGGAAAUGUCCGACAGUUUGAGGAGGUCCUCCACUUCUGAGUCUGCCUCUGAGCGAGUUGACAGAAGGUUGCAGCAGAUUCAGGACGACAUGAAGUCCCAGCAGAGGCAGCUGGCUCGCAGACAGGAGGAGACAGCCAGCAUGUCUGACAGGCUACGCGACGCCGUCAGUGGCAACCGAACGGCAUCCAGAAGGGCAGAUAUGGCUGCCGAAUCAGAUAGAAUAAUGCGAGAACGACUAGCAGACAUGGAAUCAAGAAAGUCGCAGGUUGAAUCAGAACUGGAAGAAACCAAAAGAAGACUGAACCAGUCUGAGGGGGGAAGAGAAGCACUUAUGAACCAGAUUGAGGAUUUACGUGGGCAGUUAGGCCAUGCUGAGAGGGAGAGAGUGAAGAUGAGAGACAGCCUCAGUAUGGCAGAGUCUGAGAGGACACGGAGGAGACAGGAGCAGGAGGAACUGGCUAAUAGCAGACAGAGACGAGAAGCAUACCAGCUGGAUCCAGAAAAAGAAGGACUCCUGGAUGAAAUCAGGCAUCUAAAGUCUCAGGUCAAUGGCACUCGAGGGACUGCCAGGCAAACCGUCAUCUCUGAACAGGCAGAGACUGAGAGGAGGAGACUUGAGGACGAGGUCCGUGAGCUGAGGGCCCAGCUGAGCCGGUCCUCAGGCAUCUCUGUAGUGGAAGAACUCAAACAAACUCUGGACAGAAGUGAGCGGCAGAGACAGCAGCUCUCCGACCACUUAGAGUCGCUGUCUAAAGACCUGGAAAAAUCAGACAACAAACAGGCCAGACUGAUGUCCCAGUUGAAGGAGACAACAGAGCAGCUUCAGGACAGCGAGCAUCAGAGAGAGAGCCUUGCAGUUCAGCUGGAGGAUGCAAACAAGAGACUCAGGGAAGUCACAAGAGAGUCAGAUAGAUAUGCAGAAGAUCUCAGGUCAACCAGACAAGGCAAGGAGGAGAGUGACAGGCAAACUGAGGAGAUCAAAAACAAGGCUCAAGAAGCUGUCAGGCAGUGGAAGCUGAAGUGUAGGAAACUGGAGCGAGAAGUGGACCGUCAGAAACAUGGCGCUAGCCAGAUGCAGGAGAGGAACGAACAGCUGGUGAAAGAGAACGAAGCCAUGAGGCAGCAAGCAGCAAACAGUGUUCAUCAGAUAGAGAGCCUAAGAAGAGAGAUGGAUGACACUCUGAGAAUACGAGCAGAACAGGCAGAGCAGCUGAAACUCAGAGAUGUGGAGGUCAAUGAACUGAAGGGGAGGAACAUGGACCUAGACAGAGAGCUGAGAGAGACCAGACAGUUCAUGGACAAGCUGGAUAAUGAACUGCAGACACAAACAGCCAGAAGUUCAGCUUUAGCAGAUGACAAGAGAAAACUUGAAGAGGAGGUCUCGCUAAUGAAGGCAUCGUAUCAGCGUGCGCACGAGGAAACCAUGCACUUACAGAAAGACAUAAAAGACUUGAGCACCCAGAGGUUGGAGCUGUCCUCACAACUUGCUGAAGAGAGAACACAAAGAAAGGCAUUACAGAAGGCACAUGGAGAGUUGGAGGAGAGAGCACAGAGAUCACAGGAGGAGGCAGGAACACUGGCCAGACAACUGGAUAAGGAACAAAAGACACAUGUUAAGGAAGUUUCUGACCUGCAGACCGAGCUUCAAGCAAUCAAGAGUCGAGAAAGUCGGAAGGAGCAGGACCUCAUCAGGAGAGCCAAGAGGGAGCGGGCAGAACUGGACGCUGAGAUUCAAACUCUUAAGGUUGGUCUGGAGGAGGAGCGUGCUGCUGCCAAAUUGCUGAAGAGACAGCUGGAAAAUGCCCAGAAAGACUACAACACAGCAAAAGAGGAAUCUGAUAGACUUGAAGAGCUGAGUUCCAGACUCCAGAAAAAAUACCAGAGAGCCAAGGAGGACAUUCAGGAAAAGGAGCACCUGGUUGCUGAGGAGGGAGAUGCAGUAAAACAGCUGGAGGACCGGCUGUCGUCUGUCCGAGACAAACUGACUUCUCAAGAGGAGGGGCAGGAGAUAUUGCUGCGCCAAGUUGGUCGAGAGAUCGACACACUAGUAGACAUUGCAACAGCUGACUCAGAGGUCAAAUUUCAGGCUCUGUCCUCAUCCAAGGGGCUUCACAGUGAUCCACAGAGGUGGCUGGCAGACAUCACUAGCAAGCUGCAGUGGCUGAAGGAGGAGGUGCGACUGCGGGAGGACAGGGAGAGACGGCUGCGAGGUGAGAUCCAGAAAAACAACGACAAGGUCAAGGAGGUCAUCCGGUCCACGGAGGUCGACAGGGACUACUACACCACGGAGAUCACCAAACAGAGCAAGCUGCUUGACCAGAUGACCAAUGAAAGACAAGAUCUUCUUGAUAGGACACAAGAAAAAAAUGAUAUUGUCAGACACCUUGAGGGACGAGUGUCUGAACUGACCCACCGGUUAGAAGAGACUUUGAGACAAACGCCAGGGCCCCCUGACAGGCCCAUGGCUGCCCAGCUGGAGGACCUGCAGGAAUCACAAAAACAAAGAGACAGAAUCCAAGAAAGAUAUGCCAUGUACAAGGAAAAACUUGGGUCCCUCCAGUCUGAACUGAAGGGUGCCAGAAAGGCUGCUUUUGAGCACAAGCAAGCAGAGCUGGAUGCCAGCCUGCGGUCGGCACGUUUAGCCAGUAUGAGCCCCACAGCCUCACCAAUCCCCCGCCGGGGUCGAGUCAGGGUUAGUGAGAGUCCACCAACAUUACUCAGGGCAAGUAGCUAUAGAUCAAGGUCACCCGUGUUAUACUCUCGCGCAAGGUCGCCAACCAGGUCACCAAGGUCCAGGUCACCCAUCAGGUCCAGGUCAAGAUCCCCAGAGCCAGCAGGCAACAAGAAGCCACUGACAGAUUCCCUUCUAUCUCAGAACAGAACGUCCUCUCCUGUUGAGGUACUACAUAACAAUGGGAGAUGACGGUGACUAGUGCUGCUGUAGGACUUGUCUCUGCAUUCAAGGACAUUCAUAGGAGUUUUAUGAAGUGGAGGAUGAAAACUGAUUUUUUUAUGGUUCCUGCUGUUGCCACAGAGAUAAAACACUGUCAAGCAUGUGGAUUUGCCACAUAUCACCUUGAGCAGUUGUUGAUCCAAGAAAAAAAUUGUUGUAUUGUAUAUUUUUGUUAGAAGGAGAAAUUGUACAAUGGACAAAAUUUUAUUUUAGAGUGUCUUGAAAUUGAUUUGAACACUGAUAAGGCUUGACAUUGUGGUACUUCCUAUUUCCCAUUGGAGUCUUGGACCAACAUAUCUCUUUCUCUUCCAGCUACAAACAGGAACAAGAAAUUAUUUUCUAGUCUAUUGAAACAUUUAGUAUUACAUCAAAACACAAAUUAGUAUUUUCUCCUAAGGUUAAGUAUUAGUGUGUAAAAUAUGUUUUAUAUUGCCACCUGAGCAUUUUGUGAUGGGGUCAAGACAAUGUUACUUUCACAUGUCCCAUGAAUGACAGGCACUUCUGAACAGACACCUACAGUGAGUAAUGCAAAACAAGAGAUGGUGUGCCCAGAGUUGUCAUUACACCAGGCAGGGUACCUGAAGAAACUGCCAUGCUGCUAGAGUUGUAGAAACCCUUUUGUUCAAGUCAUGACACAACUUAUUGAAUGUGAUCUUUCUCAGAAUCACAUUUUGAGAAACUCUAAGAUCAAGAUUUGCAGCAAUAUUUAGUUGCUGAUAAGAAGAGAGUGUAACUUAUUUUGUAAAACUGUUGUGUAAGUACAUGUAUGCUGUUAUGUUGUGCCAUCAUAUUGGUAUAGUACUUCAGGGCCCAAUGCUUAGUCUAUGACUGUACUGGUGUGCCAUUGUUGAAUGAUUUUUUAUCAGUGUUGUAUAUUCCAAAGUCUGUUAUGUAGGUCCAGUAAUUGUGUGCCAAAGAACGUUUUGUACAUCUUUGUGUUCCAUUUGUAUACAUCAUCAGUGUUUCAUUGUGUAUAUCUAUGAUCUAUAUGCCACCAUUAUGUGGCUGUCAAUACUGUGUGUCAAAGGGUGCUGUUUCACUAGAAGUGAUAACUAGGGUUUGUGGUUUUAUACUAGUAUGUUUUAUUUCUUUAUCAGCACAGACUGACAACACAAUCAAUUCUUAUUUUGUGUGACAGAGUUAACAGUAGAUUUUACCUGAUCCAUGUCUUAUAUAUGGACUGUGACUGUAUUUAUUCUAGAGAAGGCGAUGUUAAAGUCAGUCUAUGCAGUAGGCUAUGUUAUUUUGUUAGUGUAUGCUGUGUCUUUCCUUUUCUGCCUCACAUACAUGAAAUAUUUCUGAGUAACUGACAUUAUUUAAACCUGUUGUACAUGGCCAUUCAGAAUAUAAACCAGAUGAUUAAACAAGCCUCUUUACUUGGAAA